AUGCGUCACGUUCAGUCUGCUUCUCUUCUGACGGCCCUCCUCUCGGCCACCAAGGUUGCUGCCCACGGCCAUGUCACCAACAUCGUGGUCAACGGCGUCUACUACGAGGGAUUCGAUAUCAACUCCUUCCCUUACAUGGGUGAAAGCGCGCCCACCGUAGCCGCCUGGACCACUCCCAACACUGGCAACGGCCCUCUCGCCCCUGAUGACUACACUUCGCCCGACAUCAUCUGCCACCAGAACGCUACCGCUGGCAAUGGUUACGUCGAGGUCAACGCCGGAGACCGCAUCAGCCUUCAAUGGACUCCAUGGCCUGAAUCCCACCACGGCCCUGUCAUUGACUACCUCGCCCGCUGUGAGCCCAACUGCGCCUCGGUUGACAAGACCUCUCUCGAGUUCUUCAAGAUCGAUGGUGUCGGUAUUGUGGAUGGCUCCAGUGUCCCCGGUGUCUGGGGCGACGACCAGUUGAUCAAGAACAACAACAGCUGGCUCGUCGAGAUCCCCAAGUCGAUCGCUCCGGGCUACUAUGUCCUCCGCCACGAGCUGAUUGCCCUCCACUCCGCCGGCACGGAGGGUGGUGCUCAGAACUACCCCUCUUGCUUCAACCUUAAGGUCAACGGUGAUGGUGCCGACAAGCCCGCCGGUGUCCUACCCAGUUCCUGGCCCAGCCUCUACACCGGCGCCGCUACUGGUGUGACCCAAGCCACCUCUGCCGUUACCUCGACCGGCACCGCCCUCACCGUUGGCGCCGCUGCUACCACUCCUGCCUCGGGCUCUGGUGCCUCCUCCUCGGGCGCCGCCUCCUCUUCCGCUGCCCCUACUCGCUCUCCCUCUUCCUCGGCUGUUCCAUCUUCUUCGGCUGCUCCCACCUCUUCUGCUGCUGCCUCCCGCUAA